AUGGCGCCAACCGUGCCGAUGCCGGCUGAAAAGUCGCCCGUGUACGUGCUGGGCGUGGGCAUGACCAAGUUCGUCAAGCCCCGCGGGCAGGUCGACUACACGGAGCUGGGGUUCGAGGCGGGCGUCAAGGCGAUGCUGGACGCGCACAUCAACUACGACGAGGUGGACCAGGGCAUCGCGUGCUACUGCUACGGCGACAGCACGUGCGGGCAGCGCGUCUUCUACCAGUUCGGCAUGACCAAGAUCCCCGUCGUCAACGUCAACAACAACUGCUCGACGGGGAGCACGGGCCUGGCCAUGGGCCGGACGCUGGUGGCCGCCGGCGCGGCGCACUGCGUCCUGGUGGUCGGGUUCGAGAUGAUGGCGGCGGGCAGCCUGCAGAGCGUGUGGACGGACCGCGAGAACCCGCUGGGCACGACGGUGGGCGUCAUGGCCGAGACGCGGGGGCUGGAGCCCGCGGCGCCGGCGGCGGCGCAGAUGUUCGGCAACGCCGGGCGCGAGUACAAGGAGCGGCACGGCGCGCGCGACGACGACUUUGCCGAGAUUGCGCGCGUCAACCACGCGCACUCGGCCAACAACCCGUACGCGCAGUUCCGGCAGGUCUACACGCGCGACGAGAUCCUGCGGUCGCCGCCCGUGUUCGCGCCGCUGACCCGGCUGCAGUGCUGCCCGACGUCGGACGGCGGCGCGGCCGCGGUGCUCGUCUCGCGCGCCUUCCUCGACGCGCGCCCGCACCUGAAGGAGCAGGCCGUCGAGAUUGCCGGCCAGCGCAUGGCCACCGACGGGCCCAGCCUCUUCUCCCGCAGCGCCAUCGACCUGAUGGGCUACGAGAUGACGCGGCACGCGGUGCGCGCGGCGGCGGCCGAGGCCGGCAUCUCGCCCCUCGACGACGUCCAGGUCGUCGAGCUGCACGACUGCUUCAGCACCAACGAGAUGGUGGCCCUCGACGCCCUGGGCCUGUGCGACCGCGGCAAGGCCCACGAGCUGGUGCGCCGCGGCGACAUCACCUACGGCGGCAGGUACCUCGUCAACCCGUCGGGCGGGCUCAUCUCCAAGGGCCACCCGCUGGGCGCGACCGGCCUGGCCCAGUGCGCCGAGCUGGUGUGGCACCUGCGCGGCUGGGCCAACAACCGCCGCGUCCCCGACACGCGCUACUGUCUGCAGCACAACCUGGGGCUCGGCGGCGCCGUCGUCGUCACCGUCUACCGCCGCGCCGACGCCAAGGCCGCGCCCCGGCUGGACGACGACGAGGUCGGCCGCCGCAACGGCCUGGGCUACAACCCUGCCACCAGGGCCGGCGGCUUCACCCGCGAGCAAGUCGCGCAGGUGCGCAGCCGCACCGCCGCCAGCGACUGGGCCUUGGCCGAUGUCCAGGAAAAGGUUCUGUCGGCGCAGCUGUGA